CUCCUCUCAAAUGUCAAUAAGAUGGCGUCGUUUCUAGGCGUGACUUAUGACCAAUCAUUCCUGGAGGAGGUCACUGACAGAUGUACGUUUAAAACAAUGGUGAAAACAAUCAUAGACGAAAUCAAACCUCAAGAUCAGGAGUUUAUACACAGAAUGUCCGACGAAAAGAAAUUACCAAUCUACAGGAAAGGAGAGGUCGGAGAUUGGAAGAACCAUUUCACUGUGGCACAAAACGAAGUAUUCGACAAACUCUACCAGGAAAAAAUGCGAAACUCAAAAUGUAAAUUCAGAUUCGAGUGAAAGGAAAUAAUUUGUUACGAUCCAAGUAAUCGGGAAAAGUAUCGACGAAUACAAACAUAACUGUUUCAGAUGUUAACAUUUAGGGGAGCACAAUAUUUUAGAUAAAUAAAAAAGAAUGAUUUUAGAAAUUCGAAAGUGGCAAAAAAAAAUCCAUCUAGAUCCGAUAAGAUAUUUAAAUUAGAAUCGUGUGUAAUCCCCUAUCAGGAUCUGGUGGAGGGGACUUUUUGUAAUGUUUAUUUGUUUCGUGUUAUUUAUAUAAAUCGAAGCUGUGCUGUUUAAUGGCUUUAUUUCCACAAACCUCCGGAGAGGGUG